UUGGAUUACCGCACAGAAAAACAGCAACUUCAUGAGACCAGCGUUGAAGUGAAAAUCGCACAGACAAGCGUGGUGAUGGAUGGCGACCCGGGCUAGUGCAACAAGUAAGCACCCUUCACCCAACGCAAAACAGGUUGUAGAUAAUUAAAAGUAAUCUUUAAUCCAGACUCAAUGCAAGAUAGAGCCCGAUUUUAAAAUGCCAUGUUGAGAUAAAACACACAACAUUUAAACGUAUGUACAGGAGAAGACAGAUCAGACAAGACAAACCUAGUGCUGCCAUCUUGGAUUUGUAUUUUGUCUGCAAUGAGAGAGUCUAAGCCCUUUUUGUGCUUCAGGGCAUGUACAUUAUCAUUAGCAUAGCAAUGAUAACACAAGCCAUGCUUUUCUAAAAUAGUGUCUAAGGGAAUCUUAUUUAGAGAAAACUAAAUAGGGUCCAACACAGAGCCUUGGGGGACACCCUGAGUCUAGGAAACAACACUAGAGUGGGAUUAUCCUAUAUUCACUGGAAAAAUAAUAUAUUUUUUAGUUUCUCUAAUGCCCACAACGUGCUCUAACCAAGACAAAAGAAUACCGUGACAAAACAUGAUAUUGUUUCAGGACGAUUGUCAGACCCCUGUAAUGGUUUGUGGGAUUAAUUUUUUCUCUAUAUUUAAAAACCUGGACAAUGGUUACCCGUGUGUCGUGCGUUGAUGAGGUCACGGUUGAUUCUCUCCGUUGCUAGAGGACUGAAAUCACUUCUAACACAAGAACAAUACGAUACUAGAGGAAACUGAAACACAAUAUCAUCCUUUAUUACCAAAUGUACAAUUAUCCAGUGGGUCGUAAAGAGGUUUCCACAGCGAUCAAACUCAUAUAAACCUCACUGACCAACGGCCGACGACUCAGACGACAGCAGGAAGAUGAAGAAUUUGGGUCUUUUCGCUGUAACUGCUGUUCUGCUCUUCAACGGCUGUCACUGCACCUCAACACCAUCUGUAACAUCUGCAAUACCUACAACAUCUGACAUAUCUGCAAUACCUGAAGCAUCUGCAAUACCUACAACAUCUGACAUAUCUGCAAUACCUGAAACAUCUGCAAUAUCUGCAAUACCUGAAACACCUGCAACAUCUACAAUACCUGAAACACCUGCAAUAUCUGCAACAUCUGCAGCAUCUGUAGGAUCUGUAACAUCUGCAACAUCUGCAACUUCUGCAACAUCUGCAGCAUCUGUAGGAUCUGUAACAUCUGCAACAUCUGCAACUUCUGCAACAUCUGCAGCAUCUGUAGGAUCUGUAACAUCUGGAACAUCUGCAAGUUCUGCAACAUCUGCAGCAUCUGUAGGAUCUGUAACAUCUGCAACAUCUGCAACUUCUGCAACAUCUGCAGCCUCUGGUAAUAUGACAGCACCAGCUAUAACAGUGGUCAAUGGUUUAACAAGUGGAGCAACAGUUGCAGCUUCAUCUUCAGUCCAUCAGCUUCUCGGUGCAGGUCUUCUUACCUGGAUGCUGUCGCGUGUUCAGUGGAGAAAUUAGCAGGAACUGGGGCCUGAAUGUCGACUCAUUCCAGGAGCAUCUUACAACUUAAUAUUAAUUGUGUAUUUUAUGUAAUGUUCAGAUUGUAUUGUUUUGUUUUCUUGGUCUUCAGUGUGUCCAUGCAUCAUAUGUACACCAAUCUAUUAGCCCAUCACAUGCAGCUCAUAAUUUGUUCAUACCGCAAUGCAUGAUGGGAGCCAUUAUUGAGUUGUGAUUGGUGGCAACAAGGAUUAUUAUUGU